UAGUGAGGCUCCAAAGGCAAUAGUGCACUAAAAAAGUGAAAAUUCGUGAGAGAAUUCCGCGGAAUAAUCUCAUCCAAACUCAUCCUGGCCCGAUAGAAAAGAGAGAAAUAGCCCGGACGUGAUGGUUUGGCAUUAAUAUAUAUUUAAGUGGGAGUGGGUGGGCCUUCGCGCGCACGGAGCUCUUUGACAGACCUACAAAUAUAUCCGCGGAGGAAUAUCAUUUAAUUCAAAUAGGCCGGACACACACAGGCGCACAGGACCGGUUCUGUUGGACCCGACCGGCUUGGACUCCACUGGCAUUUUGUCUCGUUAUCGAAGGGUGUUUUUGCAUUGGCACCGCCCUUCCUGGCGGGGUGGGUCCGUGCGUCAGAGCUGCGCCACAGUCUGCGGCCGCUGGAGAAAAUAGGCCGUCCUUCUUCUGGGGUGCUGCCUGCCUGCCUGCCUUCCUUCCACGGCGUCCGGCCUUUUUUUUCUCUUAAACAACUCCUCUCCGAGUUUCAUUAAUGCGGAAUGAGUGAGCCAAAAAUGGAAGCUAUGUCCACAGAUGGGGGGAAAACCAGUGGAGAAGGGGGUACGAAAGGGAAAAGUUGUGCAUCACAGGAUGCACAGCCAUCCCCCCUCGCAUUGCUUGCAGCAACAUGCAGCAAAAUAGGAGGUGUUAGUGGUGACGGUCAGGGUGGCACACCACAGCAGAUAAUUAUCGACCCGAAUCAGGGUCUUCUGCAACUCCAGAACCCUACUCAACAGCUCGAGCUAGUUCCUGCGCAGUUAACAGGAAAUGGCUGGCAGAUCAUUGCGACUUCCCCUGCUUCUGCGGCCACAACCGUAACCAAGGACAACGUUCAGCAGUCAGGGGUUGCAACCAGUGAAGGCACGGCUGGACGGAAGUUUAAGGCGGUUGCUUCAAAUAAUGCGAAUGCUGGACAGCAACAAUUUCAAAUCAUCCAGGUGCAGAAUUUGCCUAACUCAACAGGGGGAAUUCAAUAUCAGGUGAUUCCGCAUUUGCAGACCGCCGAUGGACAGCAGAUCCAAAUAAGUCCAAAUAAUCCUGCGGCCUUAAGCGUGCAGCCGGAACAGCUCCAGCUUAUCCCUACCGGAAACAACCAAGCCAUUUUUGCCACAUCCCAAAGGGCGGGGUCAGCCAGCAUUGUCACGCAGAAUCUAGCCAAUCAGACGAUUCCGCUUCAGAUCAGGCCAUCAUACCCUCUCCAAUUGCAAACCAUUCAGGGUACGCAAGCGCCUAUGGUGACUACGUUACCCAUCAAUAUUGGCGGCGUAACGUUGGCUUUACCAGUUAUCAACAACGUUAGCGGAAGUGGAGGGUCUGUUCAACUAGUCCAAUCAAGUGACGGAAGUAUUUCGAAUGGCAACCAGUUGAUGACGACAACCGUCGCUAGUACCGCCGAAUCCAUGGGUGUUUCUUGCACAACUACUUCGCCAGGAACCGAUUCCAUUGUUGCAACCUCUACAGAUGUUACAACGUUACCUACAACAGCUGUGGUGUCCACUGGAUCUACAGAGGCCCAGAAGGACAAUCAGGGCCAUUCGGGCGAGACGGACGCCCAGAACAUAGCUCAAUCCAACGGGAUUCAACCCGCAUCAGAACAGACCAGCCAAAUCCAGCAAUUCCAAAUCGUGGGUCAUCCGGUUCUCCAACAGUUCCAGAUCCAAUCGCCCCAGCAGCAGGUGGUCCAGGGAUCCAUACAGAUCCAACCAGGCCAGACUUUACAACCAGUCCAGCAGAACCUCCAGCUUCAGGCCUUCCAGAACCCAACGCAGGUUCUGAUCCGAACGCCAACUCUCACGCCCUCAGGGCAGAUCAGCUGGCAGACCGUCCAGCUGCAGAACAUGGGCUUACCCCAACAGCUGACUCUCGCCCCAGUGACGUCAAACGCGAGUGGGGGCACAUUCACUCAAAUCGCCCCACUGACGCUCGGAGGAUCGCCCAUCUCGCUCAGCACCGCACAGCUGUCCUCUGGGACGGGGUUGCAGACAGUGAAUAUCGCGGGUUUGGGUACGGCUGGGGUCCAGAUGCAGGGUGUACCGAUCACCAUCGGUGUGCAAGGUCAGCAGCAGGGUCAAGAGGGGGUCAAAAUUCAGUCUUCCCCAAUGACUGUCACUGUUGGCAACAUCAGCAGCACGACCCUGGGUGCAGUGAGUCCGGAUCAGAUGGGGCAGGUCCAGAGCCUGUCUGACCAGGAAGGUCAGCCCAGCAAGAGACUACGCAGGGUGGCCUGUUCCUGUCCCAACUGCAGAGAUGGAGAGGGGAGAAACAACAGCGACCCCUCAAAGAAGAAACAGCAUGUGUGUCACAUGGAGGGUUGCGGAAAGGUUUACGGUAAAACAUCUCACCUGAGGGCUCACCUGCGCUGGCAUACGGGAGAAAGACCUUUCGUCUGCAACUGGAUCUUCUGCGGAAAGCGCUUUACGAGGAGCGACGAGCUACAGCGACAUCGCAGGACACAUACAGGUGAGAAGAGGUUCGAGUGUCCGGAAUGUUCCAAGAGGUUCAUGCGGAGCGACCACCUGUCAAAGCACAUCAAAACCCACCAGAACAAGAAAGGUGGGGCGGCACUUACCAUCAUCACCACAGAGGACAUGGAGGAAGAUGUGGACGAGGUCCUGGGCUCGCCGCAGAAUGUUACCGUGGCGUCGCUCUCGCAGAAUUCCAACCCGGCCACGCCCACGACUUCAAACAAUUUAGACGAGGAGUUUGAGUAGUUUUCCCUCCAAAUAUUAUUGGCUAAAAGCGCCAUGUUGUUGUUUCUUUUUUUUAUAAACGUGCGCUUGUUUAUGUUCGUUCUUUUUCUAUUGAGAAUGGACAGAUGUUUGAGCGUAGUUCGUUCUUUUUCUUUUAUUCAAAUGGAAAUUUAAUACUAUCAGAUAUUAUGACAAAGAAUAAUCUAUGGAAAUAAUAUGAGCUGCAGUAGCACAAGAAGUUUCCAGAUGACUGAAAAUGUGUGGCUAUGCACAAAAAGUAUAUGUUGUCAAAAUUGUUAUGAAUUGAGUAUACAGUUUGAUCCAGUCGGGGGAUGAAAAUCUUGUCUUGAAGCCUCGCGAAGCCUUAGCUGCAAUCGCGCAUUGGUCUGUAGUUGUGCGUGCGAUCAGGCCAGGAGGUCGCACACGAUCUGUGUUGGUAGCAGUCAGAUGUAUGAAAAUCUUUAGUGCAUGUUCGGCCAAAAAAAAAAUAGCACUUAUGUCAUAUUUUACUCUUACAUCAUUCUUUAACCAUUCGCUUUCAUUGCAGCUAUUUCCAUACAAUGAAAGUGAAUGGUGACUGAGGUUGUCAUUCUGGCUAAAAUCUCCUCUGAACCACAUGAAGAUGUGUAAAUGAUUUCAGAGUUCUCGUUUUGGUUGAAAUAUCCCUUUAAGAAACGUAGCACAAGCUAUUUGAGUGACGUGGCCAGCUAUUGACCAAUCACAGCCUCACGUCCGGAAUGGUUUAGGAAUUAAGGCCGUGCGUUUUGGAUGUUCUUGUAUAGUUGUAAUAUUCUGCUCCGCACACGAGGAACGUGUCCCGACGCGUUGAACUUGUGCAGAUUUGCGGCAGUUAAAUCAAAUUUAUACGGGAGAAACAAGAGUAUAGAAAUGGAUUUAUGGGCAAUUUAAUAUGAAUAAAAAAAGCACAUUUAAUUUACAAACGAUGCAUUCCAGUUAAAGGGAUAUCAAAUAAAAUCUUUCAUUAUUUACUCAAAUUAGCCUUAAAUUGUUCAAAACCCACAUUACUUUCUUCUAUGGAUCAAAAGAUGCAAUGAGAGUGUUCCACGGAAGAAAGACAGGUUUGGAACAACGUGAGAGUAAGUAAACAAUGAUGGAAUUUUCCUGUUUGGAUUUACUGUCCCUUUAAGAAAAGAUGGCGAUUUGAAAGACAUUGGACAAAUCCAAUCUAGCUUUCUAAACAUGCUAUGUUCAAUGAAAGCAAUACUAUAAAAGACAAUCUUUGUAAAAACCAUGUUUACAUUACCGAAGGGUAAAAUAGGUUUCUUUACGGAAAACUUCUAGAGACGUUCUCGCUCAUCUCUCUCUAGUCGUUUGAACUGUACUCUGAUGCCUUAACAAAGACUGCAGUACCACAACGUUACAGCUGGGUGGCGACGUUGGCGUCAUUUGAAAAUAUAUUCAUGUGCCAUAGUGCCCAGCUGACCACACAAUCUUUUUAUACAAUGCUGAAUACUGUGGCCAGUGAAGACGAGAUAGUAUCUGGUUGAGGUCCUGAACCCAACCCUCGACCCACAUCAGUGCUCGGCACUUUAAAUAUGUGUCCACCUGUUGCCCAUUGACAUUCGUGAUCACCUCAAAGAGAUUCAACCCUGUUUCACGCAUAAAUACCCAUGGUACCAGAUGUCUUUAUUCACUUCUCCACCAUCGGGGCGAACUGUUUUCGUUGUGGAAUCGUGGUUUUCCGGUUCACGGUUUCUUGUACCAUUUUGGUGCUUUGAAAUCAAGAUUUGAACGGACUGCCUGGGCAAAUCGUCACCACGUACUAAAGUACGAUUUUAUUACCGUACGGAACCGUUCUCUGCACUGAAUGCUACUGAAACCGUUCGGCCCGAUGACGGAAAAGCAGCUUUUGUUUAAAGCCACUUAGUUCAGUUUGAUGUUCAGAAAUGUGUGCGGUAGCGUUCUAAUUCGUGAGUUUUUGAGGUUUGCUUAUUGUUAUCUUUAUUUUUUGAGUGUGUUUUAUUUCAAGCCCUGCUUAUUGGUUACCACACGGCACGAAUAGAUGACGCCUGUGUGUGUAAUUUAUUAUUUAUCCUUAUAUUAGUAUUUGCUAAUGUGUGUUGUGCUGUUAAUGCAGAGAUAACGUGCUGCAUGGUUCAUUUUCGCUAAUCUAUUUAGUAACGAUCUGUUAUUUCUAAACGUGGUCCUUUUAGAAAGUAAAAGCAUGGCUUUUAAUUUAUCUGACUUUUCACACCAUAACGAAAAAUAAGUCUAAAAAGAAGUGGUUGAUACCAAACAAUUAUAAAUAGAUGUUUUUUGGUAAUAUUUUCUGUGGCAACCGAUUUUUUUAUUUAAUAUUUUCUAGUGACACCUCAUUUGUAAAUCAUUUUUCUAAGGUGUUUCUUUGUCCUUGUGGCAUUUGAUAAUG